AUGGCGACCCAGCCCUCGCUCCUUGAACAACUCCUGGAAGUCAGCCGUCUCUCGACAGGCAGCCCGGAUACCUUCACAAAUACCGGGGCUCUCUGGCAUCCACCAGGUGCCCAGGGAAUAUAUGGGGGAAUAUGCAUCGCUCAAAGCCUGACUGCUGCCCAGGCCACAGUGCCACCCAAUUUCUUUCCACAUUCUUCCCACGGGCAAUUCAUCUUAGCCGGCCGUCCCGACGAAAAGAUCGUCUUCCAUGUGACCCGGAUCAGGGAUGGAAAGAGUUUCGCGACACGGUCGGUCAGUGCAUGCCAACAGGAAAGAGUCAUUUUCUCUGCUCUCAUCAGUUUCGCGACAUCCGUUAAGUCAACACGAAGACAGAUCAAUCAUCACGAGACAAUGCCGCAAGAUGUUCCCAGCCCGCCCCGUUACAACCAUUCCAGGAAGGCUUUCCAGAACUUUGACGGUAACACGCCUCCUUUCCUAACCAAGAAAGUCGGCAUAGCGAAUAUGAACUCCGUGAAUCCUCAUGAAAAACGCAUUCACCAGUGGAAUAAAGCCAGUCAAAAGAUAUCAACCUCUGGAGGGAUCUACGCCCACCUUGCGGCGCUUGCUUACAUCUGCGACAACUACUUUAUCGGAACGAUUCCUCAUGUCCAUGGGAUAUGGGAUUUUGUGAAGCCACCGCUCACUGAAUUCGAUGUCGUGGGACAAGAUCUGCCACAGGAGCCCCAACAGCAUUUUCGAGUCCCUGGGUCGGGUGAAGCCAUCAAUUCUACACAUGAUCAGGAAGGCGAGAGAUUACGAAUAGACAUGAUGGUGACACUGAAUCACACCAUGUUCUUUCACGCUCCAAAAGCCGUCCGAGCUGAUGAGUGGAUGCUCUCAGAGCUCUCAAGCCAUUGGGCAGGGGAGGGGAGAGGAGUUUCGAUGCAGAAGAUAUGGUCCCAGGACGGCGUAUUACUGGCGACAUGUGUCCAGGAAGGUAUUGUGCGGUUGGCGGAUCAAAGUCAUGUUCAUAAUUUCGGAGGCAAGCCUAAGAGCCGGCUGUGA